AUGCCUCGGCGAUUCUACGAUGCUUUUGUACGCCAAAUUGCGGAACACAUUCGGCUGGCCACGUUCUUCACGUGUAUUCCACGUCAAGAAAGGGACGCCAAUGCCAUCGCGUUACCCACCCACAGCGUUGGCCGUACUGGCCGUCGAAGCGCUGCAGCACCGCUGUUCUCCCAUGCGACGCUGGAGCCCCAAGUGGCGGUAGAAGCUCUAACCAAGGCAAGUUCUGAAGUGACUAUCACCGUCAAUGAAGUCAAGGCACGAGCUGGAGGAGCGUCCACGUCGUUCGUCUACGGAGAGGUCAUGCUCGAGUCACUGCCGAGCUUGGCAUCAAGCCUCCAACUUACUUCAGCCGACGUCUUCGUUGACAUUGGCAGUGGCUUGGGAGGAGUUUGUCUGUACCUGGCCAUGACGACUCCGGUCGCCGAAUUGAAAGUGUUCAUGCAAGACACAGAUAUUCACGCGAGAUGGAGCGCAGUGUCGAAACGUUGGAGCGAUUUUGCCCAAGGACGCACAGUUGUGUAUUGCAACAACUUGGUCUUUGCCGAGACGGACAAGAUCAAGCUUCUGAGCCUCUUAGCUGCUAGCAACGUGUGCCGUAUGUGUGUGCUUACAAGUUUGAAUGCGGACAGAGGCGCGGUGAAUGGCAAGAAGCGGAAGACAGUGUCGACCGAUUUCGUUGCAGUUUACCCGACGAAAAGUACUUUCGACAUUGACACGACCCAUGGGCGGGCUACAUGCCACGUCUUCAAGCGUUAA